AUGCAGGGGCCCCACAGUCUUCCGCAGGGGCCCCCGGGGAUUCCCCUGGGGGCCCCCAGGGGGCCCCCCGGGGGGGCCCCCAGAGGGGCCCCCAGGGGGGCCCCGCAGGGGGCCCCCCAGGGGCCCCCCAUGGGGGGCCCCCCGGUGCCGCCGCUGGGGGCCCCCAAGGGGGCCCCUAGUGGAAUACCCUGUUAUUUGAAGAAUCGUCUUUUCCUGUCUAUUUUUUUGUUAGCUUUAUUUGCUGCUGCUGCUACUGCUGCUGCUGCUGUGUCUGUGGUGCCCCCUACCCCAGCAGCAGCAGCAGCAGCAGCAGCAGCAGCAGCAGCAGCAACGAAGGAUACAGGGGGCCCCCCAGAUUUGCUGCGGGGGCCCCGGGGGAAGCAAAAGGGCCCCUGUUUGGCCUUUUUGCAGCAGCAGCAGAGGAUGGGGGCCCCCCUUGGGGGCCCCCUGGGGGCCCCCUUGCAGCGUGUAGUAGCUGGUGGUGGCCGGCCAGCAGCAGCAGCAGCAGCAGCAGCAGCAGGGGAGCCCGGUGUGGGGCCCCACAGCAGCAGCAACGGGGGCCUCGUGCUGCCCGGCAAGUACUGCUGCAGCAGCAGCAGCAGCAGCAGCACGAAGCGGCUGCCCACGAGGACUGUAGUGGUUGGAGGUGGGGAGUUGGGGGCGAAAGUGUUUGAUUUGCUGCAUGCGCAGCCCCUGCAGCAGCAGCAGCAGCAGCAGCAGCAGCAGCAGCAGCAGCUGCAGCAGCUGCUGCAGCAGCAGCAGCAGCAGCAGGGAGGCCCAGGGGCCCCCGUCCUCAUUGGGGGCUCUCAUCCCAUAGUGCUGCAGACGAUGACAAACUCCGACACGAGAGACGUGGAAGGCACAGUGCAGCAGGUGCUGCGCUGCGCUGCAGCAGGAGCGGAUAUGGUGCGGCUGACAGUGCAGGGGGCGAAAGAGGCAGCAGCAAGUGCUGCUAUUGUUAGCCGACUAAGAGAACUGGGGUGCUGGGUGCCGCUGGUGGCGGACAUUCACUUCCAGCCUCGAGUUGCUUCUCUUUGCGUUUCUGUCUUCGACAAAAUUCGAAUUAAUCCUGGAAACUUCGUGGACGGAAGAAAGGUUUGGGAAGAUGCAGCAGCAAACGAAAAAGAAAUUAAAAAAGAAAUCAAAAAAGAAAUCAAAAAUGAAAUCCAAAAAGAUAUCCAAAUACCCCAACACACACAAGAGCAGACGCUUCAAGAUCCAGAAGCAGCAGCAGCAGCAGCAGCAGCAGCUGCUGCUGCUGCAGAGGCAGCAGCGGGAAGCAGCUUGUCGCUGUCUGCUGCGGCUCUGGGGCCCCUGCUGGGCCCCUGGGGCUGCUCCGAAGGGCUCUUUGAGCUGCUGCCGAUUGCAGAAAGAAAAAAGUUCAAAGAAGGAAAUGAAAAGAUUCGGGAGAAGUUCAUUCCGUUGGUGGAGGAGUGUCUGUACAGCCGGCGGGCGCUGCGGAUCGGCGUGAACCACGGCUCGCUCUCCGCGCGCAUGCUCCGCGCCUUCGGAGACUCUCCUUUGGGAUUAGUUUUAUCUGCUUUUGAAUUUGGAGAUCUUUGCAUUCAAAACAACUUCUUCAACUUUCUCUUUUCCCUCAAAAGCAGCAACACUUUCGUCAUGCAGCAAACUUACAAACUCAUGGCAGCUCUUAUGAGCAGCAGAAGUUCUCUCUUUCCCCUCCACUUGGGAGUUACGGAGGCCGGAGAAGGGGAAGACGGGCGUUUGAAGUCUGCUGCUGGGAUCGGCUGUCUCCUUCAAGACGGGAUCGGAGACACCAUAAGAGUGUCUUUGACAGAAGACCCUUGGGCUGAAUUGCCAGUUUGCAGAUAUCUCAGAAAGCUGCAGCACUACAAGCUGCAGCAGCAGCAGCAGCAGCAGCAGCAGCAGCAGCAGCAGCAGCGGCGGCGGGGGCGGGAGCAGCAGCAGCGGGAGCGGCUGCGGGCCGGGCGCGGCGCGGAUGCGGCGGCCGGGCGUUUUGCUGCUGCGGAUGCUGCUGCAGCAGCAGACCCAGCAGCAGCAGCAGCAGCACAAAUAGCAGCAGCAGCAGAUGCAGCAGCAGACGCAGCAGCAGCAGCAGCAGAUGCCAUUCCACCUUUUAAGGAAACCUUCCGCGACUUCGCCUCCAUCACGCGGAGAAAGCUGCGGCUCAUUCCCCCAGCAGCAGCACCAGCAGCAGCAGCAGCAGCACCAGCUGCAGCAGCAGCAGCAGCACCAGCAGCAGCAGCAGCAGCACCAGCAGCGCCUGCUGCUUCUAUUCUGCACCGCGAUGGCUCUGUGGUGGUGGCUGUAAGCCCCCAGGAUCUGGUGGACUCUAGCUGUCUGUACACCUCACUGGGGCUGCGGCUCGUCAAAGGCCUUCCUUUCAAAACGCAAAUGAGUGCUGAUGGAAUUUAUUUAGAGACUCUUUUCUUUCCCCAGCAGCAGCAGCAGCAGCAGCAGCAGCAGCAGCAGCAGCAGCAGCAGCAGCAGCAGCAGCAGCAGCAGAGCCAGAGGGCGCGGCAGACGGUCAAGGAGCUGCUGCAGGCGGGGGUUAGCGUGUGGGCCCCAGCAGCAGAUAUUCAGCAGGUGCAGAUGGCGCAGGAGCAGCUGCAGCAGCAGCAGCAGCAGCUGCAGCAGCAGCAGCAGCAGCUGCAGCUGCAGCAGCAGCAGCUGCAGCAACUGCGGCAGCAGCAGCAGCAGCAGGAGCAGGAGCAGGAGCAGCAGCAGCUGGAGCAGUACCAGCAGCAGCUGGAGCAGCAGGAGCAGCUGCUGCAGCAGCAGCAGCUGCUGCUGCAGCAGCAGCAGCAGCAGCUGGAAGCUGCUUCUUUGUACUGGCCAGGCCUUGUUGCUGUGCAGAGACUCUGCGAUGCUGCUGCUGUGGGGCCCCACAUCUCAGCAGCUUAUUUAAAGGAGACAGCAGCAGCAGCAUUUGCUGCUGAUGGCACGGAGACUCUUCAGGAAGUGGAAGCUGUCGUCAACAGACCCCUGUCUCUGUUUUGGGGGUGGAAUGUGGGGCCUUUGCUGCUGGAGGGGCUGAGCGAGGGCCUGCUGCUGCAGCCGCAGCAGCAGCAGCAGCAGCAGCAGCAGCAGCAGCAGCAGCAAAUGUCAAUUCUGGAAAAGACACAAAAGGGCCUCGGGCUGCUGCAGGCCUGCCGCCUCCGCAGCAGCAAAACAGAAUUUAUUUCUUGUCCUUCUUGUGGGCGGACUUUGUUUGACAUUCAGCAAGUAGCAGCAAAAAUAAAACAGCAAAUGGGCCAUUUGCCCGGAGUCAAAAUUGCGGUCAUGGGGUGUAUAGUCAACGGCAUUGGAGAAAUGGGAGACGCAGACUUCGGCUAUGUUGGAGGGGCCCCCGGACUCGUGGAUUUGUACGUGGGCAAGCGGCUGGCGCGGCGGGGCGUGAAGAGCGAGGAGGCGUGCGAGGCGUUGAUAGAGUUGGUGAAGAAGGAGGGGAGGUGGAAAGAAAAGGAAUAA